GUGAGGGGAGAGGACUGUGGAUUUAGAUACUCUUUUCCCCCCGAGAUAGGAAUUUGGCCCUUAGUUUUUUCUUACUCAACAGCAUCUUAAUUUAAAAUAUGACACUUGACCUACGGCCCUGCGGGGAGCGGUUAAUAGGUUGAGAGGUCCGUCAAACUCUUUUUGAUGCUUAGGCGCCCUCCUCGGGGCGGUGGGUUGGGCGGGCCCAGGUCAAGGCGCGCGUGGGCGGAAGCUGCGGCGGCGGCGGAGAAGGCGGCGGCUGUCAGAGCUGUAGGGGCCGUACACCGCGGACAUGGAGGGACAGCGCUGGCUGCCGCUGGAGGCCAAUCCCGAGGUGGGCGCGCUUCGGGAUAGCCCUGGGACCCUGGGCAGGCGCAGAGGGAGCCGGGUUGCUGCCUUUCUCAGACAAUUAGGUCUGCAUCCUAACUGGCAGUUCGUCGAUGUAUAUGGAAUGGAUCCUGAACUCCUUAGCAUGGUACCAAGACCAGUCUGUGCAGUAUUACUUCUCUUUCCUAUUACAGAAAAGUAUGAAGUAUUCAGAACAGAAGAGGAAGAAAAAAUAAAAUCUCAGGGACAAGAUGUUACAUCAUCAGUAUAUUUCAUGAAGCAAACAAUCAGCAAUGCCUGUGGAACAAUUGGACUAAUUCAUGCUAUUGCAAACAAUAAAGACAAGAUGCACUUUGAAUCUGGAUCAACCUUGAAAAAGUUCCUGGAGGAAUCUGUGUCAAUGAGCCCCGAAGAACGAGCCAGAUACCUGGAGAACUAUGACGCCAUCCGAGUUACUCAUGAGACCAGUGCCCAUGAAGGUCAGACUGAGGCACCAAGUAUAGAUGAAAAAGUAGAUCUUCACUUUAUUGCAUUAGUUCAUGUAGAUGGGCAUCUCUAUGAAUUAGAUGGGCGGAAACCAUUUCCAAUUAAUCAUGGUGAAACUAGUGAUGAAACUUUAUUAGAGGAUGCCAUAGAAGUUUGCAAGAAGUUUAUGGAGCGUGACCCCGAUGAACUAAGAUUUAAUGCGAUUGCUCUUUCUGCAGCAUAGCUUGUCAAUAAUGGAAACACCAAAUAUUGUAUUAUUUGCAACAAAAUUUAAAUUUUCUCUGCCAUACACUAACUCAAAAAUUUUGAUAUUUUCAUUGAUGAUUAAACUUUAUGUGAAUUAAA